AUGUUAGAGUCAGUUACCCAUUGAGCCAAAGAAGUUCUUAGAAUUCCGUGCUUCUCUGACAGAGGGUGCUGAUGAAAAUCACGAAAACAGCUGUGCAGUUGAACACGUGCGUUUCUGGUGCGUGUCGAGUGGGUUAACCAAGUCAAAUUGUUUCAGUGCGUUGUGUUGGAGCAUUUAGUGAGAAUUUUAAUACAAUGGGUGUGCACGACAACUCAGAUUCCAAAUACAGUUUGAUGGGAAGUUCAAGUUUUCACAAAUUAACACCGAAACGUCCUACUCCAGUUGUUUUUGGCGAGAGUGCAAAUAAGCAACAAAAGACCGAAGGCAGUUUAACGAGUAGUUCUCCUAAGCAUCCUAAACCGCCGGAUAAAACGAAUCUUACCUUACAGCAGCAAAGAAAGUCUUUGCCAGUCUACAGGUUGAGAAAACGGCUGCUCGAGGAAAUAAAACAGCAUAGUACUCUUAUAAUAAUUGGUGAGACCGGCAGUGGAAAAACAACGCAAAUUCCACAGUUAUUAUUAGCUUCCGGCAUUGUCGGCUCAUCCGGUUGUAUUGGCAUCACGCAACCACGACGUGUGGCGGCUGUAAGCGUAGCCAGAAGGGUUGCGCAGGAACAAGGGAGUUUUCCGGGGAAACUUGUUGGCUAUUCUGUGCGUUUCGAGGACGUAACGUCACCCCAGACUAGAAUAAAAUAUUUAACUGAUGGAAUGAUGGUUCGUGAAGCUAUGACUGAUGAGAUACUCUCAGAUUAUUGCGUCGUUAUUCUCGAUGAGGCCCACGAGAGGUCCGUCCAGACUGACGUGCUGCUCGGUGUAGCACGAAGAGCUCAAAAAUUACGAAGAUUGAAAAAUCUUCCGCCUUUGAAACUCCUGGUGAUGUCCGCUACCAUGGACGUCGACAAAUUCACAAAGUAUUUCCAGGCGCCUGUACUGUAUCUGGAGGGACGGCAGCAUCCUGUAAAAAUUUAUCACGCUACUAAGACUCAGGAGGAUUAUGCAUUCUCCGCCUUAGUCACGGUCUUUCAGAUUCAUCGGGAAGCUCCUGCAAACGAGGACAUCCUCACGUUCCUGACGGGUCAAGAGGAAAUCGAAGCAGCCGCAGUUGCCGCAAGACAAGUGGCUAAGCAAUUGGAUGGAAAGGGAUAUCCUGCCCUCAAAGUAUUUCCCUUGUAUUCGGCUCUUCCGACUCAUCAGCAAUUGGAAGCUUUCAAGGCAUCACCCACUGGUAUGCGGAAGCUGGUUUUGGCUACCAACGUAGCUGAGACGUCGGUUACCAUUGGUGGAAUUAGGCACGUAAUUGAUACUGGAAUGGUCAAGGCGAGAACUCACCAUCCGACCACGGGAUUGGACGUUCUCAGGGUUGAGAAGGUAGCCAAGGCUCAGGCUUGGCAAAGGACAGGUAGAGCUGGUCGAGAGGCUCCUGGAAAAUGUUACAGAACCUAUUCCAAGGAUGAUUUCGAGAAGAUGAAGGAAAUGCCUAUACCGGAGAUACAGAGGUGCUCCUUGGCUGGGGUGGCCUUGCAGCUUCUGGCUAUAGGGGUGGAUAUUACCAGCUUCGAUUUUAUGGACAGGCCUCCAAAGGAGGCAGUGGAUGCCGCGGUUUCGUGUCUCGAGAAACUUGGAGCAGUCAAAGGUUUACCACCACAGCUGACAACCCUUGGGAGAACAAUGUCACUAUUCCCUCUCGAUCCUCGAUUCACCAAAGUGAUCCUUGCCUCCGUGGAGCACCAGUGCCUCGAAGAAGCUCUCACAGUUAUAGCCUUACUCUCUGGAGAAUCCGUGUUCACAGACCCACCCGCUAAGAGGCAGCAGGCUUUUGCAGCCAGGUCCAGAUUCUCGUCGGAGGAAGGAGAUCACGUCACCCUUCUAAAUGUCUAUCGCGGCUUCACAAAUGCCGUUCAAAAGAAGGUCUGGUGCCAUGAGAAUUUCCUUCACCACAGGAAUCUUGAAUACGCUAGCGAAGUGCGACAGCAGUUGGCUGCCCUGGCUGUACGGGCGAAUCUCGAAAGGGUCAGCUGCGGCUCAAACACGGAUCGCCUAAGAAGAGCCUUGCUCGAAGGACUCUACGAUAAUCUGGCCGAAUUGCAGAGAGAUCAGAGCUACAUCACGGUAACUUCUCGGCAGUCCGUUGCGAUUCAUCCCUCGUCUACACUUCACGGCAGCAAACCGAGUCUUGUUUUAUUCACGGAAAUUGUCGCCACCGGAAAGUGCUAUAUCCGUGGCCUGUCCGUGAUCGAAUCUUCUUGGCUAACGAAGAAGGGUGUGAUAUUGGGAAGGCAGGAUUAAUUGACAGAUAGUAAAAAUUUAUUUUUUAUUUCACGAAUAACAUGUACAUAAUUUAGCCGCUAGUAUUAUUUUAACGAAUGCGAAUAGAUAAUAAUAAAUGUUUGGGAGCCGGUCAAUUAA